AUGGAUAAAGUUUAUAAAAUCACUUCCACAGAAAGGACCCGGCUGUUAGAGAGAGAGCUGGCUAUACAAUUGAGUGAGCUGAGGUCUGAGAUAGAAGAACAGAGGGUCCUUCCAGGAAUGGCUCACCAAGCUUACAGUUCGGUUCCAAUACCAAAGGAUAUUCCUUACUUUAGAAGAGAAAGGGAACUGACACUGAGGAAAAUUUUACAGGUGCCCGAGUCGAAGCCGUUUGUAAUUCAGGCAGAUGUCAUGCAGAGGGAGCUAGAGAGCUGCCUAAGAAGAGAGUACACCCCUGAAAACUUACCUUUGCUUUUGUUGCAGUAUUACACCGAGAGAAGUAUGCAGCUGGUCCAGAGUAAAUAUUUACACGUGCUUAGGUGGAGGAGGUUUUGCCAGCACAGUAAGACCAUGGAACAACUGUAUCCUCUUUACAAGAAACAAGUCAGCUACAUUCUUCAGGAAUACAACGAUGCGGUUCAGAGAGCAGAAAGAUUAUCUGUUGCUCGAGAAAACUUCCUUAUGGGAAAAAACCACCCUCCUCAUUUAGUGACGCAGGAAGAUCUGACCAUUUACACCAGGUGGCUAGUAUGUCACCUACACUCCCUCAGGGCUAUUCACCAGUACCUUCAAACCCUCCAGUACUUACCCAUCUCUAAAGUGCUGAGUCUCUCUGACAACCAAAUCCCUGAAGUUGAGCAGGAAAAUGAGGAUGUCUGUGUCAAUGACAGCAGCCCCAACCUCCAGGAUUCUGCACCUCCUGACCCUAAGGAUGCCAAUAUUUCAGGUCCAAAGAAGACACAUACUGCUUUCAAUCUACCCCAGCACACAACAGACACUCAAGAACUAAAACCUCAACUGGGGCUUCUGCUCUCCCAUUUCUGCAUUCCAUAUGACCUGCAGGAGCUAAGGGACUCUGCUAAGGAAAUGGAGCUUUUUUCCUUGGUUUCCCAGAAAUUCCAGAGUAUCUUUGUGGAACAACAAAAAAUGCAAACAUUUCCAGACUAUGACGCUGGGAUAGCCAAAGCAGAGAAUUUGGGUUUGUCAAGACCUUCCAUGGCCCUGAAAAAGAAAGCAAACUGGAUUUCCUUUAUAAAGAUCAAGCCAAAAUGUGAUCCUUGGCAAAAGAAACUGUUGACUAAACUAAAGGAAUGGAGAAGAAUAGAUGUACUAAUGCAACUCCAAGCAAAGUUCUUGAAGAUCUCUGACGCCAAGCGUGUAAUGCAAGUGCUCCAGACUCAUGCUGCAAAGACAGUUACACUGGUUUCACAGCACCUAUCUUCCAUGCCUUCCCAGGGUUUACAUCAGAGCAACUAUGACCACAUCUGGGAGAAUAUUUAUAACAAUAUCAACCUCUAUCAGAAUGAAAAUAUGAAGGAUGAUAACCUUUCAAUGGAAGGAAAUGAAAAUGGUCUUGCACAAUUAAGUCUUAGCCAACACGCUGAUGGAUUUCUCAAGCAGAAAAAAGAGACAAGGUACAACUAUGCAACGACCCUACAACUGCUGGGCUUGGAUGAUGGGAAUGACUCCAGUGACAGAAAUUUUGUCCUGAUGAGAGGAGCCUACUUGUCUUUGCUGUGUCUGCGCUAUCUGCGAAUCCGGAAACUACAGCGCAUAUGCCUAGGAGUUCUGAACUAUUUCAGAUCAGUUGAGAGAACUUUGGCACUCGAUACUUCAGGCUUCACCCCGGGUUCAGGGAACCUGGUCUCCAUGGUAGAAGAUAAUUCAUGGGUAACAGUGACUAAAGAAGGCUUGAGCACCUUUCAAGGCUUAGGAGCCCAACACCAUGUCCAUAGGAUACCUACAGAGCCCAAGGCCCAUGGUGUCCAACUCAUGGAAUUCUUGGAAGUGGAGAGCCAGGAUGACUCUUACAGCAUAGAAGCUGGCUGUGUUCACACCCAGGACCAGCGUGGUAUAUAUAUCAUGUAUGAGGAAGCCUUGGAGGAUAUGAAAGAACUGGAGGCAGAGCUGCUGCUUGUGGCUAGCUAUUAUAUCGAGAAAGAAAAAACUCACAAAACCAGCAGCAAGACAAAGAGUAGCCAGUGGGAAUGGGCCCACACAAGUGUGGACAGGUUUGCUGUGCUGGAUGACAUGUGGAUUUGGGAAGAAGCUCUUCUAGAAAACAAGCGCCAGCUUCUCGAUAGUUACUUUGAAGCCUACCAGCACACACUGGACCCUGAGCAGAAGCUUGCCUUAGCACAAGUGAUGACUGACAUCAUGCAUCGGCGCCCCAAGUUUGAUCUUGGCCACCCUUAUUUCAUUAAGGCCUACCAAGAUGAAUGUGCCUGCCUGAGGCUUCACCUGCAGCUGGUGAGGGGCAUCCUCAGCCAUCAGAUAGAGCAUCAGCGGGAGUAUGUCCAGAGGCUCUGGCGGGAAGAACAUCCAGAUGAGCGGAAUAAAUUUGGACUUCCCCUUAACGUAAUUUGUAAGCAACUCAUUUCCAUCAACAACAGCUCCCAAGCUUUGAAAAACAUUUAUCUGCUGGAGUUCCACCCAUCCCUUGGUCUGGCUGGGCUCCUCCCCAGGGCCCUUGAGCACCUGCUCAGAGAAGCCCGUCAUGCCUGCAGGCCCAUGUCACCCAGUGGCCUUGCCUUGCUAGAACAACACAUCCUGCAGCUGGCCCUGGACCUAUGGCUCCACCCAACCAAGCCUGAGGCCUGGUACAGCAUGCAGCUCCAGAAAGAUCUAUUUUCAGCUAAAGUGAUGGACGACCCUUUUCUCGUGGAGGAGCUAGGUUGGCUUGCACUCAAGUCUGCCGCAGAGGAAGGACACAAACAAGGCCGCAGUUGCCAUGCGCUGCUCCUGGAGACGUUCUCCAAACUACUGGAACUCCUAACCAUCCGCCACCGGCUCAUAGAAAUGAGUGUGGAGAGCGCUCAUCUGGCUUGGAUUUAUAAGGAAUUGGCAUGGGAAAUGGGUUUUGAAGAAUUCCACUUGUAUCUGAGACCUGUUCACUUUGAGUUUGCAUCACACAAGGACAAGGUGGACCAACCACCUCCUGUGUUUAUAACCUCUGUGCUGGAGGACAAUGGUCGUGUAGACAGAUAUGUUCCUACUACUCUUGUCUUAGCCAUCUCUGAGUUAGAUGACACACAAGUCGGCAAAUUUAGUUUCUAUACAAAAGAAGCCAUCCUGAAGCUCUUGUUCCAUUCAGGAGUGGAACACAUGCAAGUGAUCCUCGCAUGCCAGACUGCUCAGAAAAAUGCUUUGAUGGUGGCUGUUCAACAGGCGACCUUCUAUCACACCCCUCGGAUGGGCUCAUCUGCUCACAUCAAGGAAAUCAAUUCAAGUCUGAGGACUCAUAGUGGAAUUAGUCCAUCCAGAAGAAGGAAUUCCAGAAUUGUGAAUGGCAUGGACAACCUGCUGUCAUCCCCAAUGCCAAGAGUCCCGGAUACCCAUACUCAUUCUUCAGAAAAAUUUCAGACCACAAAACGAGCUCCAGAGGCUUUUGUGUCUAUUCAACUAGAGAAGGUGGGCUUGCGGGACAUGAUGCUCAAUGCCUUCCUCCUCAGAACGCAGACCAUGGCUGACCAAACAAAGAACCCUGAUGAAAUUGGAAAAGUCAAAAGGGAUGUUAUAAUUGAAUAUUGUCAGAACUUUAACCGCCACAUGUCUCAUUAUGCUCUCCGGAGCCAGAUCAUAGCAUAUUGUAAUAGUCUGAGGGCCCUGCUGGAAGAUUUCCCUACCAUCAGGGAUACUUUUUUCAUGGUGGGACAACCACAAGAAAAGAAACGGUUAAAGGACACUAAGGAGGACUUCAAGGCAGACCCAAGCCGGCAUUUUCAACCCCGGCCCUGGAGUUUGUUGUCAGCCGAUGGAAAAGUCUUCCUCAAUUUGUGGUUCAUACCCCAUCCUUCAGAAGUGCUAGUUAUGUUCAAAACUCUGCCAGAAAAGGCAGCUUUUAGAGCCUUAAAGCUGACUCUCCAGCUGAUAGGCCCUCUCCAUGACAUUGUGGCCUACCUUUUCAGUUUUGCUAAACUUGGCAAUUGUGCAGCAUGCUUUGAAUUCCCUCUGAGUCCUAGCCCUUCGAGAGGCAAUUGGGGAGGAACUGAGGGCAUUGGGUCUGAGCUUCAAGAGCUGCAGAAAACACUUGACAGCCUCCAGAGCCCCCAGGAUCCAACCCAGGUGGCACAGGCCCUCCUGCUCCACAGGGAGGUUAUGUUGCUCCAGUUCGAUUCAGCAGUGAGGCAUCUCGUCCGAACGUUUUUAGCUGCUGGAAACAUCCCUGCCUACCAGUCUGUCACAGAUGGCAUGUGCCACGGGUUGCCACCACUGAGCAACGCCCUUAGGAAGAGCAUUUUUGCUUCACAGCUCGGCCUGCCUCCACCACUGGAUCCCCAGGGCCUCCAGGCAUUUGCACUGUUCCCUUGGAGAGCAUCUUUACAAGAUGGAGGACCCUUUCCAGUUAUAAGUAGCAUCCCAGACACCCUAGAGUAUAAUAUGCAGCUGUGCUUGUGUGGGCUUAGUGACCGUGACUGCAAGGUGGCUCAUGAAGAGCUGGUGAGCAUGCAACUGCUAAUGGAAGAUGUACUUCUGAGCAGCUACCCUAUGAUCAUGGAGGGUUCCUCUGGAUGGAAAGACACACAGGACAAAAGUACACAGCCAGAUUGGUCCAAACUGCCAGGAUUCAGAAAUCAGGCUCAAAGCAGCCCAAAGGCCUCUGCUCUGCUGGAGGGCAAGUGUGAUCCUGUGCUGUCCCUCACCCUGCUUAGAUCCUUUCUGAUACUGUGGAAGCAGCUGGAAGUGCUCAAGGAACAGUGGGGAAGACUCAAGCUGCGAGGCCAGGACAUGGACUCCAUCGCCCUCUACAAACAGUUCUCAGAGCUCUAUCAAACUGAUAUUCUCUACCCCAGCAUGAAGGCUUUAGCCAAGCAGAUGGGGAAGGAAGAUGAAUUUGAAGGACUCAUAAUAAAUAGUCAAUCUAUUCUGCCCCCCAAAGGAGCUUCAGAAGUGGAAAUAAAAACUCAUCAGCUUCAGAAGCUUCUGGAAAAUCUUGAAAUCCAUAUGAUCCAGGAGGUACUAAGAAGAGUUAAUAGAGAGAGGACACUGGUCUUAACAGAAAAGUCCAAUGAGGAGUACACUCUCCCAACAGAUCUUUGGAAACAUCAAGUCAUGAAAGAGAACUUUUCAGUUGUAAGACCACAAAUAGUUGAAAAAUUUAUACAGCGAUUAAUGGAGAAUCACCAGGACAGUGGACCAGAGAUCACCUUCAGGAGAGACCACCUGGAGACCUGCCUCCUUUCCCUGGGUUGUGAUGUGAUGGCAAGAGAACGCAGCAACUUUGAGACCUACUCCAUGUGUUAUGAGCAUGUAUUGCAGCAUGUCAUGCAAAAGCUAUGCCAGAAGGAGCAGGAAUUAGAGGUGCUACAAAGAAGUCCAGUUCCACCCGAAGACCAUGCUGGUCAGGUUGCAGAGCUCAGUCAUGACAUGAUCAUGGAAAUCACUGCUCUGAGAGCCCAACUCACAGACUUGGAAGAAGAGAAUGUGAAUCUCAGAAAGCAGAGUCGAAAAGAAGUCCAAGAAGAAUACGAAUCAUUGGUCCAAGCUUUGUUUAUGACCUGUUUACACAUAAAAGAGAAGCUCGAUGAGAAUCAGCUUAAUUUGAUCCAGAAAGUGUGUGAGCUCAUCAGAGAAGUGAGAACAGAAGGGAUCGCCAAUAUGAAGGAGCUCAAGCAAAAAUGGGGCUCUGCCAGGCCUGAAGAAGGAAUAAAAGAAAGCCCAGCCAAAGAGCAGCUGUGGGCCUUAGAGCGGGACAAUGCGCACCUGGCAGCCCUGGUAUGCAAACUGAGGAGCCUGGACCGCUGGCGGCUAGCUGUGCAGCAGGCUCGCUUCCAGGGCCAGCUGAGCAGGGCAGAGAAGGAAUCUAUUCAAAGUAAAAAAGAGUGUUUGCGCAUCAAGCUCAUGGCAGAACAGGAAGUGGGUUUACUUCGUCAACAACUGCUGGCUCUCCGGCAGGCCCUGGCCAAGGCCCAGGCGGACAGCGGGAGGCUGCGGAAGCAGCAGGGCAUCCAGGCUCAGCUGCUGAGGGAAUUAGAAUACAGAGUAACCCAAGAUGCCAUCACCCGGCAGCAGCUGGACAUCAUAAGGACAUCCAGCAUGGAGAAGCUCAUGGAAGAUGUGGGGCAAAAAGAACAGCAAUGGCAGCUCCUCACUGCAGAGGCUGCAAGGGCCUCGAAACUGUGCCAGCUGCAGCAGAAGAAAAUGGAGCGCGAACUUCACCAGAUGAGAAGCCGGCUUGCCCAGGAGCGCAGUGUGAAGCUGGAUGCUUUCCAGCGUGUGGAGGAGCUACAGAGUCAGCUUAAGGAGGCUGAGCAGCCAUCUGGGCAGAUGAGCACCUUAGGCAGUAAGCACACCCAACUCUGGCCGUAAGAGUUGCGCAGUCAGACUCACUACUCCCUAAAUUCUGCUUCUACAUCAUCCAGAUUCUCCCACCAACACUUUUUGAAAACUAAUCUUACUGGUAGUAAAGUGACAAGACAGAUUCAAAGACCAAAGACGGUACCUAUUAAGCACAAAAAAAGGACUGAUGUUUUCCAACCCAGUGUGGAAGAAAAUGUGCAACUUCCAGCUUUUCAAGUCCAAACAGCUCCAUCUAGAAUCCCAUUCAGAUCUGAUUGGUAAUACUUUUUCAAAUUUUAUUUGAAUAAAUGGCUCUAAAUUCCUUGAA